AUGGCCUUCGCUGGUACCAUCAUCGUUACGGGUCGCGUGCAAACAACUUUCGCCAGCCUUGUUCCUACGGUGGCAACGACCGGGUGGUACAAUACCGCUGUUCCCGGCCCCAGGCACAGUCGCCCCUUCCACGUUACCGACCGUCGUACCAAGGUCCGCUGCCUCGUCGAUACUAGCGCUGAUAUCUGCGUCCUUCCUUCGACAUUGGCUGAAAGACGCCAACCUCCCGACUCCCAUCCUCUCACCGCGGUCAACGGAUCGACUGUCCGGACUUACGGCCAAAAGUCGGUGACUCUUGACAUUGGCCUCAGACGUACCUUUCACUGGCUCUUUGUCAUCACGCACGUGAGCCAACCAAUAAUGGGAGCCGACUUCCGAUGGCACUACAAGCUCGUCGUCGACUUAGGGCAUAGCCGCAUCCUGCACUCUCAGACAAGCUUAGCCAUCCUGGGCGUUUGCUGCGUCAAUGCCGAGUUUCCAGAUGUCUUCCGACCACCCUCCUUUCAGCCCUCGGCCGCCCACCGUGUGGCACAUCACAUCGUCACGAAGGAUCCUCCCGUGUUGGCCUGGGCUCGUCGCCUCGCACCAGAUCGUAUCGCCGUUGCCAAAACGGAGUUUUAA